ACAGUAUGUAAACUGGAAUAGAUGGCUUCCCUAUCCCAAAAAUAUUUAUUUUGAAAAAAUACAUUUAUGUAGAGGAAUCAACCUAGUGAGUUGGUGCAUCAAACUCCAAUAUAUACAAUUUAGGCAUGACUGUGGCAACACAUUACCUUGGAAAAGGAUAAUAACGAACAUCUUUAAAUUAGAAAAAUAAAUAUAUGGGAGCCCCAAAAUAUUAAAGUACAUAUCAUUAUAUAAUGUAUAAUUGUAUUAUUACAUAUUAAUAUUUCGAGGUAUUUCUUACCUUUUCUCACUUGUUUCUCUAAAUUACCUCAUUUUGUAUCUAUUUAUUUGUAACUGCUGUUUUAUAAUCCUUUCUGGCUACCUGUUUUACUCAUGUUGUGUAUCCAUGCCGCCACAUGGGGGCGCUGUUGUUUCGAAGUGUUACUCGGUUCGUACUACACGAAGAAGACUCUUGAAAUCGGUCCGCCUUCCACGAAGAAGACGCUUGAAUUCGGAGUCCGCCCUCCACGAAGAAGACUCGAAGCCUCUGUUGCUCCGCGGAGGCGGUUUCCCGGGCAACCGAGGAGCGACAACAAACGGGAGACGGGAUAAAGUUAACCCGCCGGAUGAAGACGAUGAACACAAUAAAAAACACAGCAAGGACAAUAUCUGGCGGUUCGUUUUGGUGCAAUGUUACGUCAUCUUGUUCACGAUAAUCUCGCAUCCUAACAGUCUAGGAGUAAACACGUUUUCACCGCCAUGGCCGAGGUCUGCGUCCGGGUGGCGCUCCGUGUCCGUCCCCUGCUUCCUAAAGAAGUCCUCCACAACCACCAGGUGUGUGUGCGGGUGGUGCCGGGAUCCGCACAGGUGAUGCUCGGCUCCGACCGACUCUUCUCCUUCGACCACGUGUUUGGACCGACGGAGAACCAGGAUGAGGUGUACGAGUCCUGCGUCCAGCCCCUGGUGGAGUCCCUGGUCCACGGCUACAAUGCCACGGUCUUCUGUUAUGGACAGACGGGCUCAGGGAAAACAUACACACUCGGAGGGGGGAACCAGGAUGAAGAGGGAGGAAUUAUUGACUCUGUGGCCGAUGGUUUGUUCUUGUUGCUGGGGGAGAAGAGGAAGAGCGGGGAUGUUGCGGAAGCCACGGUGCAGGUGUCAUAUAUGGAGCUGUACAAGGAGGUACUACGAGACCUGCUGGAGCUGCACGCCAUCCAUAAAGAGCUUCAUAUCAGAGAGGAUGAAAGGGGGAACACGGUGGUGGUGGGAGCCAAAGAGGUGGUCGUCACCUCAGCAGCAGAGCUACUCAGUGUUCUUGAGACAGGCAAUGCCCUGCGUCACACUGGCACCACAGGGAUGAACGAGCACUCCAGUCGCUCUCACGCCAUCCUCACCCUUCAGCUCGUCCAGUGUUACCACAGCAACAACUCCUCCUUGCAAUCGGUGCGCUCUUCCAAACUCUGUCUGGUUGACCUAGCGGGCUCAGAACGUGCUGGAAAGACUGGAAACACCGGAACGCGCCUCAAGGAGUCGGUCCAUAUCAACACAGGCCUGCUCGCUCUGGGCAACGUCAUCCGCGCCCUCUCGGACCCUGGUCGAAAUCGCCGCGGUAACAACUGCAACAGUGCACACAUACCGUACCGCGACGCCAAGAUCACACGUCUCCUCCGCGAUUCAUUGGGAGGCACCGCCCACACGCUGAUGGUGGCAUGUGUAAGCCCCUCUCACCACAGUGUCGCUGAGACUCUGAGUGUCUUGCAGUUUGCAUCCAAAGCCCGUCACAUUCAUAACCGCCCUGGAGCCACACCGACUCACGCAGAGGUUAAAACGUGUCCUCCAACCUGGGACCCUGGUGAGGCUCGACUGGGCGAGCUUGAGUAUGAAGUACACACGCUGAGGGAGCUACUGAAAGAGAAGGAGAGAGAGAUGGAAAGGGAGAGGACAUGUAGAGGAGUUGAAGAGGGGGACAGCAUCAAACAGCCGAGUCAGGGUCGGACAUCUGGUCCAGAAAAGAGGUUGAACCAAGAGGAACCGUCACAGUACCGUCUGCUGGCACAGGAAGCUGCUGCCAUGCUCGCAGACGUCCUGAACCCGACUGCAAGUCAUUCCUUCAGGCAGCGGCUGCAGGAUUGGCAGGAGAGGCUCACGGCUGUCAAUCUCUCUCGUCAAGCUGAUGAGAAGGACUGUUCGGUGAAGGAGGGUGGGGAUGAACCCCACCACGUCACCAUAUUAAAGCUCAGAGAAGAACUCAGCAAAUGCAAGGAAGAUCUCACCAGAGAGGAACAGCUAUCGGAGCAGAAAGAUGCAGAGCUGAGACACGUUCAAAAAGAAGUAAAUAAACUUCUUCAGGAGAGCAAACCCCAUCUUCAGGCCUUGGAGGAAGAAAAGAAGCGGACUCGUAUACAGACCGAACAACUCGUGGACCAGCAGAUCCUGAUCAAACGUCUUCGAAGCAAACUUGUGACCUUUAGGGAUGCAACCUCAGGGGCCACCGUGGAAACAGGAGCUUCUGGGAACUCAGACAAGAGACCCCACAGUGUCCCUCUGAUCAGUCGCAGCUGUGGGCACGGACAUCCCAGGAGGAUUCACUCCAGUCCACCUGCCUAUUCACUGGAGAGGGUGAUGGCAGCCUUUAAGAUGCGCAGUCAUCUCCUGCUGGCUGAGAUUGAGGAGAAGGAUGAGGUGUACUGCCCAUUCAUAAAACAACAAGCAGAGGGCAAAGAUGGGGAUCAAACAAAGGACGAGGACGAAGAGGAGGAUGACAUCUUCAUGGGAAAAAGUGGAUCUAGACGCUCUUUAAACCGAACAUGGACCAGCCGGCAGAAUAAAUCUGCUGUGAAAGAGAAUAACUCUGGACUAAACCAAACACCGAAUGGAAAACAGCCUCAGCGAGCCACAGGGCCUGAGGGAAACCACGCGAGGCAAAACCACAUGAGGAAGACGAGACUUCGAGCCAGUGCUACUCAGAGAAAGAUCCAGGAUCUGUCCGUCAACAUGCGCAUGAAAGAGGAGCUCAUCAAAGAGCUUGACAAAACAGACAAGGAGACCCAAGCAGCAGACAGACAUGGAAGGCGCCGCGGUGAUGGCAGAGAAGCCAGCGCGUUGGCAAGUCUUUCCCUGCACAGCCAGCAGGUCCGAGCCGAGAUGUUCCGCAGCCUGCAGCACAUGAGACUGCAGAGAGCAAAGCUUCAAAGCAGCAUCGGGCAGCAGAGAGAGACCGACACCAGCCGAGAACUGGACCAAAACCGGGAGCCAAGGGAAGGAGUUUUGACUGUAUACGAAAGCCAUGACCAGGAGGAGUUAAAAGAAACGCCGCUUGACUGCGUUUGGCUGGAGGAGGAGGAGGAGAGGGUGAUUCAGAAGAGAGCAGAGCUGCAGGAGCUGGAGGAGGAGCUCAGGAGGAGAGAGGAGGUGCUCCUGCGCAGAGAGGCCUGCCUGCAACAGAAAAGCAAACUGGAGAUCAAAAUGCUCCGCUCCAGUCAGGCUCUGAGUCAGGACCUGCUGCGUGUGUCGGUGCAGUUGGAGUCUCUGGAGGAGCGGCUGCAGAGCAGCAGCGGUUUGAGGCGGACUGGAGGAGUCACCGUGGAGGAACUGGAGAAAGAGAGAGACGCGCUGAACAAGAUGGACACUCUGGACCUCCAGCUGAAGGACAACAGAGUGCUCAGUGAGGAGGAGCAUUCCCUGCUUCAGCUGGAGGAAGCCAUUGAAGCCCUGGACGCAGCUCUGGAGUUUAACAACCACUCCAUCCAGGACAAACAAAAGAAGUUGUUGAUCACAGACUCAUCCUGGCGACAGCCACACAGCACUGAACCAGCCCAACUCUAUGAUGUCAUCGGGAAGCUGAAGGGGCUCUCGUCACCUGAGGCUACGGCGGUGCUCGUCAAAUAUUUCAACAAGGUGGUUUGUCUUCGCGAGGAGGAGCGCCGGUUGCGUUUGCGUUGUGAAGAGCUCGAGCUUCACGCCGGAGAGCAAGAGGUGGUGCUGAGGGAGAUGGAGGUCGCCAUGCAGCGGCUGGCCCUCGAUGCCGACCGCAGGUUCACCCAGCAGCACCAUGACCACCAGAACAACAUCCAGCUCCUGCUGCAGACACUCAAAGAGGGUGGUUCAGGAGAGGCCCAGCAGGCCCUCGAAGACAGACUGCAGCAUCUGGAGAAAGAUCUGUUUUUUUAUAAAAGCUCCUGUCGGCUGCUUAAAAAGAAAAUCAAAGAGCUUGUCAGUGACUCCCUUCAUCCCGAUCAGCCCUCACACACACAAAAACACGAUGUGCUGGAACCCGAGACGCACAGUGAUGAGGCACAGAGAAGGACACAUAUUGCAACAACACACUCAAAGAUGCCCGCUGAGCACGACUCUCACACGAGGAAACACGCACAACAAAUAUCCUGCCCCUCCUUGUCUUCCGACCUCCGAGCACGCAAAGCGGCAACAAGGCCCGAAUACAGCCAGGCGCACACACAGUCCCUGGGGGGGAGCGACAGGAGGGCGGGUCACUCCGCAGACAGUUCACAGAUGACACCAGUCCGCUUGUGUCUCAGAGAACUGAGACAGAUCUCUCCGGCUGACCUGCAGGUCUGUAGUUCUGCCACAAGGAGGCGACAAUGCGUUGUGGAUACCAGCACUGAGUCAAUGCUAGAGGACUCCAUCGAAGUGCCCAGAAACGCUGACAGAUGACGUGAUCAUGGUACCUCUGAGCCACUUGGUAGCAGCAGUGUGUCCUACGAUUUCGGCUUGAGUGCUAGUAAACAAAGAAAAAUAUGUUUCAUGAAUAACCAAUCACAAAAAUGCAUUGAAUAUGAGCAAAACAUCUAGAGUAUAAGCAUUGUGAUACAUUUUCAUGUAAUGUUUGUUGUAAAAUACUUAAUUUAUGGGCUUUGUAGGGUUAUGAUGUCUUAAUGUAAUCAAAUACUGGUGUUUAUUUAAUGCAUGUCCAUAUGCGCAAUAUGCUAACGAAUAAGACGCAUCUAAGUUAAGUUGAACAGGUUUUCUUCUCAGUUUUUCUUUUAUAAAUUGUCCUUUGUUGGCCAUCUCACUAUCAAUGUAAAUCCACAAAAUAGUGAAACCACGAAAACUGACACCUGCAGAGUUUGUGUUCGGAGGAGGAGCACGUGACUGAUGUGGGCAAUAUUGUCAUUACUGUGAACCGGUUCAGGCUCUUGUCAUAGCACUGUCCUCCUAUUUAUCAGUCUUACUUCAGCAAUGCUGAAUUUUGCAGACUUAAGCCAUUCAAUAAGAGAAGAAUGGCCAGUGUUGUCAUGACAACAUAAUGGCCUUCUAGGUGGUUUUUUGCACUUGAAAAUCGAGAGAAACUUGACAUUGAGAUUAGAGACUUUUGUCUCAGCUCUUGCUCUAUCCAAACACAGCACGUUACAUUUUCAAUUAGAUAAAGACAUAAAACAAGUUGUUCAACUGUAUGCACGUUGUGAGAAUGACCAUUAAUGCAAAAAGCAGCACUUUUUAAUACUAUUUCUGUCGUCAUAAAAUAGUCGCUCCCCUUAUGGUUAUCAAUAACUGCAUCCACUAAAUGGAUUCUCCCUUUUUGCAAAUACUAGUUAACUUUUUAAAAAAAAGUAAUCUAUCAAAAGUGUUUUGUGAAGAUAAGUUAUUUGUCUUUCACAUUUCAUUUCCGGCACUGUUUAGCACUUAAGAUGACCACUUUACAUGCAACGCCUCUUGGACUACAACAGUUGUUUUGUGAUUCAUGAAUUGUUUGUAUAAAAACUUGUGUGCGCACUCUGUGCUUUUAGUUGUGAAAUGAAUUAAACAUACUUAUAUGCA